AUGGACGUCCUGCGCGGUGCCUCCUUUCCCCACCUUGUCGAGCUCGGCAUAUGCAGCGUUGAAAUGGAGCACGGCGCCGUCGAGUCCCUCGUCGCCAGGAGCCCUGUCCUGGAGAUCCUCAACAUCGAGGGAUGCCGAAGGGAGCUGCGUCUACGCCUCGUCAGCCAGAGCCUACGCUGCGUGCAAAUCUGCAGCUCGGUUGUGGAGAACAUCACCAUGGUAAAGGCUCCAUGCCUCGAGCGGCUUAUCCUCUCUGACAGAGUUGGUCGUGGUGCCUUCAGAGUCAGGAUUGUCAAUGCCCCCAAGCUGCACACGUUUGGAUUCUUAGAGCCAGGACAGGUCCUAGAGGUUGGGAAAACGGCCAUCAUGCUCGGGAUAGAGGCAAGCACAAGUACCAUGCUCACAACCGUGAAAAUUCUGAGCUUGAAUGUGCGUUUCGGGGUUCGCAGUGACGUCGAGAUGGUGCCCACCUUCCUCAGAUGUUUUCCCAACGUUGAGAGACUGCACAUUAUGAGCAAAAGAUGCGAUCAACCCAUUGGUAACCACCUCACCCGCAAGUUCUGGGAGGAGUCUGGUCCCAUCGAAAAUGUCGUCUCGCGCAUCCACACGAUGUGCCUCCGCGAGUUCAGAGGGGACACUAGUGAGGUUGGCUUCCUGGAGUUCUUCUUCGGUAGCGCGCGCUCGCUGCGGUCCGCGUUCAUUUUGAUGGCCAAUCCACUUUUCACGCCGUACUCGACCAAGGAGGCGGACGCCAAGGGAUGGUAUGGUUGGGGUUCCUGGGAUGGCUCUGCUCAAACCCAAUCUCACGGCAUUUUACAUUCUGAUUUGCUGGAGUAUGUGGAAGCAAAGGAACAGAGUUUUUUGGAAGCAAAGGGACUGGCUGCUGGGGAAAGGGAAAUUGUUAGUGUCUGGUUGAAUAAUUCAAACAGACCCGAUCUAAUCGAAUUACAAGAAGAACGACCAAUAUUGGAAUGA